UAAUCUUACCUGUUGUCUGGGUCAAGCUUCAAGCAUAUAUUCAGCAGACUUGACUAUAUUGUGGCGUACCCAAAAACGAUAAUUUAAACCAACAUGGUGCCUCUUUCUAAGGGGUUUCUUAUUUUGACUGCGAUCCAAUAUGGCUGCUAUGGACUUCCGAUCGAUCAACGCGCUACCUUGGAGACGAAGAACUUGUACAGCAAUCUACUGAAGCUGUCACGUGACGACAGCAAGUUCGUGUUUGGGAUGCAAGGAUCCACACAGUGGGGAGAAUAUGGCGGGCACUCUCCUUACCAAGUCUACCAGAACGGAAAUACCAAAGGAUGGGCGUUCACCAGUAAACAGGCACAUCAUAUGGAUAGCGAUGACCUUUGUGACGUCUGCUCAAUCACGAACCAACAUCCGGGCAUCAUGGGUAUGGACUUCCGGGAUCUGACACCUUCUUACAUUGACACCGUGACGUAUCUCGCCCACAAGGCCUACGCUCGAGGAGAAGUUAUCACGUUUUCAUGGCACCACAGCAACCCUGUUACAGGAGGGCCGUUCUACAUUGCCGACGACCACGGGGACGUGGCCCACAGCAUCCAAAAAUCUCUCCCUGGUGGACCCAACCACGUCAACCUGACAAAGAGUCUGGACCAAAUCGCAGAAUGGGCACUAAACUUCAAAGAUCCCCAGGGUAAGCAUAUCCCCGUAAUAUUCCGUCCCUACCAUGAGAUGAACGGAAGAUGGUUCUUUUGGGGCAUGGGGAAUGCUGCUCACAACACCCCGGACGAGUAUAAGAAACUCUGGCAGUUCCUUGUCCACUACCUCCGUGACAUCAAACACGUCCACAACUUCCUCUACGCCUACAGUCCCGGCUGGGUGAAGGAUAACCAUGAAUACAUGCUCACCUACCCUGGGGACGACUACGUCGACGUGGUGGGACAAGACUACUACUACAGCGGUUCGUCUUCAAGAAACCCCACAGACCUCAUCGCUAAAAUCGAGUCCAUUGUUGAUGUGGCCAAGAGGAGGAAUAAGAUAGCGGCAGUGACUGAGUUCGGAUCUAAUAACCCCACAGUGGAUACUCAUCCCAACUUGUGGAUGGACCUGGUCCUCAAGCCAAUGAAGGAGAGUAAGACUGCUCUAGGAAUUGCCUAUCUAUCAACGUGGAUUAACAGGUGUUCGGGCGACCGGAAGUGUGGGAAUCUUUACACGCCAUAUAAGGGACAUCCCGCAGCAGACGACUUCCUGAAGUUCUUCAAUGACCCGGCCACUCUAUGGGGAAAGAACAUGCCACACAUGUACUCUUAGUGAAAUAAAUAUCUUCUAUUUUGAA